AUGAACUUAGCUUUAAUAUAUUCUUAAAUUUAAGCAUUAUCUCUAAUAAUCUUACCUAUAACUAGUCUUCUAGUUAUUAUUACGUUUAUUUUACAAAUUUAUACCCUUUUAACAAAUAGAAGUCUAAAGUAAUAGAAUCCUGUAAAGUUUUCAAGAUAAAAUAGUGAUUAAGUAGAAUUAGAUUUUGAUAUAUAGCCGUAAUAAUAUCUUAAGUUAUAAAUGAUAGGUUGUUAAACAAAAAUAAUGAUGAUGUAAAAUAGCAAGAAAUAUAAUAAAAUCCUAAAAACGAUAUAGAUAAUGUACUAAAAAAUAUUGGAAGAUUAUUGAUGAUAGAAUAAAUAUGCGAUAUAAAAGUAAAUUAUUUUAUAUUAGAUUAAGAUUUCAGUUUAAAAAUAUGAUGAUUAAUACCAAGAAGACUUCAAAAAAUUUGAAUAAAAUUUUAAAGAUUUCUUUAGAAAUGAUCAAGAGAAAUAAUAAAAAGUAAGAGAAAUCCUUUAACAACUAUAUGAAAAUACUAAUUAAAAAAGAUAAGUGUAAGAAGAAUAUAAAAGUUAUGUCAGACCAAUUUAAGAUGAAAAGAGCUUAAAAAAGAACUAUAGUUUAUAAUUGUAAGAAAGCAAAACAUUAUCAUAAUAUUGUAAUGCAUUUAGAGAAGUUAGAGGAGAUGGGAACUGUUUUUAUACAGCUUUUGGAUAUUAAUUCUUAUAAAUUUUAUUGUUUCAUUAUUCUUUUCAAUAAUUUUUUGAAUUCAUAAAGAAAAUAAAAAAUAUUGAGUUAUCUAUGAAAAUAUUUGUUUAGGAUAUAAAUUUUAAGAUUGAUGAUAAAGAAAUAUAAAAAAUAUUAUUACAAGAAUUUGUUAACAGAUUAAUUUAAUUAAAAUCGAUUAAAGAUAUAAAUUUAAGAUAGGAAUCUUUUUUUAAAUAGUUUGCUGCCUACUAAUACGAAUCUGAUGAUGUUGAUGGUUGUUUUUAUGGAUUAUCAACUAUAUUCUUUAGAAAUUAUUCAGAUUAUAUUAUUAAUUAAAGUGAAAUGAAAGAAACAAUUUAUGAUAGAGAAAAACUAUUACAAUGGGAAUAAGAGUGUGAUAAUAAUGAAACUGUUAUUUCAGAAUUAGCUAAAAGUUUAAAUGUGUAAAUAAUUUAUUUUAAUUUAUUUUCAGAUUUGUGGAAUUAAUAUUUUUUGGUAAAGAUUCAUUAUCGAUUCGUUAAUAAAGAAAAUUAGAAAAUUAUAUUAUUAAUAAAACCUGGCCAUUAUAAUAUUGGUAUUUUGAGAUAAAAAACAUAAAGUGA